UCUCUUUCAUUCUCUGCCCCAAAGCUGAGAGCUAUUGGCUUGCGCACCUUAAUUAUUUCACUCUCUCUCACACAGUUUGCCCGACCGCCGACACACGGACACCGCGGUCCAUCUGUCUGUAUUGUGAAGCAGAGAUGCAGUCGCUGUUCGCCGUCCUCGGCGACAGACUGGCCCUGUGUAAACGUUAUCAGUGCAGGGUAACCUGUUACUGGUGACAGUCUACGUCGACAAAUGCUCGAGACCCUCGCGCAGCAUACCCGGGUCAGAUUGGGAGGAAGACGACCGGCGCAAUGAUGGGACAGUUUUCGGGGGUAUGCUACCGGAGUUUGGUCAUCCUCUUGUUUCUCGGUUUGCAGUUCCCGGCCACGGCGGCACGAGGUUCCAGGAGUGAUGCUCUGCAGCAUGGCACAUCAGGGACCCUCCCCCACUUCCUGCAGGAGCCCGAUGAUGCCUACAUCAUCAAGAGCAACCCCAUCAAGCUCAAAUGCCGGGCCCGCCCCGCCCUGCAGAUCUUCUUCAAGUGCAAUGGGGAGUGGGUCCACCAGAGCCAGCACCAGUCUCAGGAACACACCGACCAGGGCACAGGGCUGAAGAUCCGGGAAGUGAUGAUCAACGUGUCCCGUCAGCAGGUGGAGGACUUCCAUGGCCCUGAGGACUACUGGUGUCUGUGUGUGGCCUGGAGCCACCUGGGCACCUCCAAGAGCCGCAAAGCCACCGUACGCAUCGCCUACCUGAGGAAGAACUUUGAGCAGGACCCCCAGGGGAGGGAGGUGCCCAUUAAAGGCAUGAUUGUGCUGCACUGCCGUCCACCAGAGGGAGUGCCUGUUGCAGAGGUGGAGUGGUUGAAGAACGAGGAGCCGGUGGGCUCGGAUGGGAAUAUCGACACACGAGCGGACCACAACCUGAUCAUCCAGAAGGCGCGUUUGUCUGACUCGGGAAACUACACAUGUCUGGCCAGCAACAUCGUGGCCAAGAGACGCAGCCUCACCGCCACUGUGGUUGUAUUUGUGAACGGAGGGUGGUCAUUGUGGACAGACUGGUCUGCCUGUAACGUGCGCUGUGGGCGAGGGGUCCAGAAACGCUCCCGUACCUGCACCAACCCCGCCCCUCUCAACGGGGGCACCUUCUGCGAGGGCAUGUCUGUCCAGAAGAGUACCUGUAAUGCCCUCUGCCCAGUGGAUGGUGGCUGGGGAGAGUGGACAGAUUGGACGGUGUGCAGUGUGGAGUGUGCGAGGCAGCGCAGCAGAGAAUGUACAGCCCCGGAGCCUAAACAUGGAGGCAGGCUGUGCGACGGGGCCGCCCUGGGAACAGAUAACUGCACCGGGGGCCUCUGCACUCAGAAUCGAAAGCUGCUACACGACGCCAAGCCACAGGGUCUGGAGGUUAGCAGUGACGUAGCGCUGUAUUCGGGCCUGGCGGCAGGGGUGGUGACUGUGGUGGUGUUGAUUGUGGCAGUGACCCUCUACCGGAGGAACCAGAGCGAGUACGGUGUGGACGUCAUUGACUCCUCCGCCCUCACUGGGGGCUUUCAGUCCUUUAGCUUCAAGACCGCCUGCCAAGGCAACCCCCUGUUGAUCAACUCAUCCCAACAGCCGGACCUAACGGUGUCACGGACCUACACCAGCCCCAUCUGCUUCCAGGACUCCAUGGAUAAAGAACUCAUAUCUCAGGAGCCUUCGCUCUUCGACCCCCUGCCCGACCUCAAGGUCAAAGUUCACUCCUCUUUCAUGGUGUCCCUGGGCGUGUCAGAGAGGGGGGCCGAGUACCACAUCCAGAAAGCCCACCCCCAGACCUUCCCCCGGGGACUGGCGCCCGACUACAGCGGUGUGGGGUUGGAGGGGACGCUGAGAGGAAGGAGGGAGAAGACCCUCCUCGGCCCCCUUGCCCCGUCUACGCCAUCCAUGCCCCCACUCAGGACGGCCGGGGUGUUCGGACACGCAGGAGGGAGGCUGGUGGUGCCCAAUACAGGCGUGAGUCUGUUGGUGCCCCAUGGGGGGAUAGCUGUGGACACUACCUGGGAAAUGUACAUGGUCAUCAACCAGGAGGACAGCAGCAGCAGCACCCUAUCAGAAGAGAGACAGGAGGUCCUGCUGAGUCCAGAGGUCACGUACGGUCCGCUGGGCCUUGACCUCUCCUGUCCCGUCGCCAUGACGAUAGCCCACUGCGCUGAGGUUGCCGCCGAUAACUGGAGCAUCCGCCUCAAGAGGCAGACACGGGAUAACAAGUGGGAGGAAGUAAUGUCGGUGGAGGAGGAGAGCACUUCCUGCUACUGUCUGCUGGAGGCUCAGUGCUGCCACCUGCUGUUGGAGCAUCCAGGGCGCUACGCCCUGGUGGGGGAGCCUCUGAGCCAGGAGGCUGUGAAGAGGCUGAGGUUGGCCGUGUUCGGUAGUGCAGACAACACCAAUCCACUGGGAUACAGCCUCAGAGUGUACUGUGUCGACGACACCCCCUACGCAUUCCAGGAAGUGGCGUCGGCCGAGCGGGUGAAGGGUGGUUGUCUCCUGGAGGAGCCCAAGACGCUGCUGUUCAGGGGAAACUCCCUUAGCCUGCAGCUUUCCAUCCAGGACGUCCCCCAGUUCCUCUGGAGCAUCAAGCCUUUCACCACCUGCCAGGAGUUCUCAUUCUCUCAGGUGUGGGCUAGUAACCAGCACCCCCUGCAGUGUGCCUUCUCAUUGGAGCGUUACAGCCCCGCCUCCUCCCAGCUGUCCUGUAAGAUCAGUGUGCGCCAGGUCAAAGGUCAGGAGCAAAUCCUCCAGGUCUACACCUCCGUAGUCGAGAGUGAAAAGGAGGUAGUCCCCUUCUUCACUCAGUCAGACUGUACCAUCACAUCACAGAUGGGGUCCAGGGCUUUCAAGAUCCCACUUUCCAUCCGCCAGAGGAUCUGUGCCACCUUCGACACAGCCAACGCCAAGGGCAAGGACUGGCAGCUGCUUGCACAGAAACUCUGCAUAGACAGGAACCUGUGUUACUUUGCGCGUCAGGAGAGCCCAUCGGCGGUGAUCCUCAGCCUGUGGGAGGCCCAGCACCAGGACACAGGGGACCUGGACUCUCUGGCCAGCGCUCUGGAGGAGAUCGGCAAGGUCCACUCCACCCACUCCACCUCCAAUAAGACCAGCACGCAGACCACCACAGGGACCACCACAAGGACCACCGCUACCCUGGGCCGCAGCACUGAGGAGCUGGACGCUGAGUUCACCUAACCAGGGGAGGGAUGAACGGAUGAACUGGAGCCCCAGCAAAGGAUCACAAGGCUGGGAAUGAACUAGCCUAAACAGGGGAGGAAUGGCUGGACCCUUACAGUGGAGGAGGUCAUACAGAAGACUCCAGUCAGGGGAGGAUUGGACAGAGAGCAGACAUGACUAAGUACUACAGGGGAACUAAUUAACUACUUUAACUAAAGUCAGACCACCAGGCUGAAUGGAGGGGUAAGAGGGACAAGAUGAUAGGAGAACAAGAGAUGCUGGAGGAGAAGGGUAUAAGGGAGACAAUGAAAAGGGGUGAGGGGGACAAUUGUUUGAGAGGGGAGGGGUGAAGACCAGGGAUAGGGGUACAAGAAGAGAUGGGGACAAGGGAUAGUGGUGCAAGAGGAGAAGAGGUGCAAGGGAGAGAGGGAGAAGGGGACAAGCAAGCAGUGUAGUGGGUUCUAGAGGUCUGAAGGUCCUGCCACGAGAGGGCAGCUACUGUUGUUUAGGUAGAAACAGAUGGAACUAAUUACAGUAACCUAGGGACUACUCCACAACAGAGUCAAAAAGUCAACCACAACUGAACCACAAACCAACAAGUGGCACUCUUUCUAACCUGGACUAUUAAGCCCCACCCCUCUAGUCAUUCCCCUCAAUAGCAAGAAUUCUUUGUGUGACGUGAAUAUGUUGUUGUUUAUUUGAUAUUUACAUUAUCUAUUUUCUUGUGUUUUUCCUUGCACAUUGAAGGUGUGUUAAUGCAUCGGCCUACUGUGGAACCAGAGAGAAACAAGCUCUAUCUAGGUAUUGUUGACAACAUGUUGUGAAAAACAGUCAGUAUUGACGUCUGCCAUAUGAUGUCACAAACAUUUGGGUUACCCAUACACACACGAGCAUACUACUUAGAAUGAAGGAAUGUAUUUGGGCAUACAUUCAGAGUGCAAUGUAUUGGGGCAUACAUUCAGAGUGGUGUGCUUUGUGGUAUAUGCUGAUAUUGGGACGCAGCCAAUAUGUCAUUUUACUGAAUGGCACUGAAAAAGUUCUGGUGUCACACUAAAGCAGUGACAUUAAUUAACAAAUGGCUAUCUGCAGAUGAAUGAAGGAGAAUGUAUGAGGGAUGGUCGAAACAUCCCAGGCUGUCACAUGGGUAAGAUCAACACCCACACACAAACAAGCAGAAUGGCACUUUCCUAUCAGGUGGAGAUUUUUUACCUAAAUGUAUUGGUCAGAAAAUGAAUUCAAGUGAUUAGAGUAUUUACGUGUGCUGUUAACCCUUAAACUCCCACUCCAGUGAUGCCGUAGGCCAAGUCAGGCUAACUAACUAACCCUUAGCCUACUACCACUCCAGUGGUGCUGCAGGCCAAGUCAGGCUAACUAACUAACCCUUAGCCUACUACCACUCCAGUGGUGCUGCAGGCCAAGUCAGGCUAACUAACUAACCCUUAGCCUACUACCACUCCAGUGAUGCCGUAGGCCAAGUCAGGCUAACUAACUAACCCUUAGCCUACUACCACUCCAGUGGUGCUGCAGGCCAAGUCAGGCUAACUAACUAACCCUUAGCCUACUACCACUCCAGUGAUGCCGUAGGCCAAGUCAGGCUAACUAACUAACCCUUAGCCUACUACCACUCCAGUGGUGCUGCAGGCCAAGUCAGGCUAACUAACUAACCCUUAGCCUACUACCACUCCAGUGAUGCCGUAGGCCAAGUCAGGCUAACUAACUAACCCUUAGCCUACAACCACUCCAGUGGUGCUGCAGGCCAAGUCAGGCUAACUAACUAACCCUUAGCCUACUACCACUCCAGUGGUGCUGCAGGCCAAGUCAGGCUAACUAACUAACCCUUAGCCUACUACCAGGAAACACAAACCCAAAUAUUAUUCAACUUCAAAAAGUUGCCCACCCACAUACACACACAAAAUAGGUCAAAAUAAAAAAAGGUAAACUGUGAGAAACAGUGUAUAGAACUGUCAUGGUGUUGUUUCAUGGAAUUUACAGUGUUUUUCACAUGCUAGUACCUAACUAUAGUAAGCUGUCCAGUCUCCUCUACCUAAAGUGUGGGAGACACCAGGCACGUGGCAGAGGUGCUCCCAACGUUGUUACAGCAUUUAAACCCAUCACACACGAUAGCAGGAGCUGCAGCUUGGAGAUGAUGAACUCACACACACUGAACUGAUCUGAAAUACACACACACACACACACACUCUGGGCACAUGCAUACACAGUUCUCCAAUGUAGUGAGAGGUGCAUGCCUAACUGAAUAUCUGGAAGGCAAAAAAUAAGCCGACGGAAAUAUCUAUAGACAUCAGUUUGUGGGUGCAUGUGUGCGCACCUGGACGUGUGUUUGUGUGUCAUGAAUUUGAAGAUCUGGCUUUGUUCCUUUGGAGAAUCCAGCCUAGUGCUAGUAUUUGAGUUCAGUGUGAUGUGUGUAUCUCUCACAAGCUACUGUCUUUAGAUCGGUAUUCCUUUGGAGAAAAAUAAAGAAACAGUACUGAUUUGAGUAAAACGAUAUCUAUGUCAGACGUACUGAGACAUUAGUCUGACAAUUUAUCGCUUUUAUUUUGAGCUGCUGUUUUUACAUAAUCUGCCCUUCCUUAUUAGGAAGAAAUCUAAGAGAUCCUUCCUAGUUCUCAUACUGCAAUUAUUAUAUUUUUGGUUAGAGUAAAACGUAACUAUUAAAAAUAGUUGAAUGAUGAUUUUAUGCUGAAAAUAUUAUUAUGCAUACAGUGAGAGGCAUUUAUAAUUAAAUUAAGCCAUGAACGUUCUUUAUACAUACUCUAUAAUCACAUUUGAUUGACUUAGCUAUGUUUUACAACACUAUACAUGUUCAAUGUUAAGCAGGUGAAUAGUACGAUGAUUAUUAUGCUGCUUAUCACUGUUUAAUGUGUAUUUUUGCUGAUUUAUGUUCUUUUUUUUUCCUCAACAUGAUUUGCAAAUGUUUCAUGUUUUGAAAUAAAUAUGCAGUGAAAUUCA